GGCCUCGCAGCCCCCCACCCCACCCCCCAGCAGCCCCCCAUGGACCCCUAGGUGCCGGCCCCCCCAAGUUUGCCAGCAUGGCCAAGAGCACCUCGCUGCGCUGCCGGGUGCUGGAGGGGAAGGAUCUGCCCGCCAAGGACGUCUCCGGCUCCAGCGAUCCCUACUGCGUGGUCAAGGUGGACAACGAGGUGGUGGCCAGGACCGCCACGGUGUGGAAGAGCCUGAACCCUUUUUGGGGCGAGGAGUACACCCUGCGCCUGCCCCGCGGCUUCCGCAGCCUCGCUGUCUACGUGCUGGACGAAGACAUCAUCGGGCAUGACGAUGUGAUCGGCAAGGUCUCGCUCAGCCACCAGCAGAUCUCGGCUCAGCCACGAGGCAUCGACAGCUGGCUCAGCCUGGCGCCCGUGGACCCCGACGAGGAGGUGCAGGGCGAGAUCCAGCUGGAGGUGCAGGUGCCCGAGCAGGGCCACCCGCGGGUGCUGCGCUGUCACCUCAUCGGGGCCAGGGACCUGGCCCCCCGGGACCCCUCGGGCACCUCGGACCCCUUCGCCCGGGUGUCGUGCUGCGGGCACACGCAGGAGACGGCCGUGAUUAAGAAAACCCGCUUCCCGCGCUGGGACGAGGUGCUGGAGUUCGAGCUGGUGGAGGGCGAGCUGGGGGACGCCGUGCUGAGCGUGGAGGUGUGGGACUGGGACAUCGUGGGCAAGAACGACUUCCUAGGACGGGUUGAGCUCCCCCUGGGCGCCCCGGGUGCCACCAAGGGCUGGUUCCAGCUCCUGCCCUUCGCCAGCAGCGCCGAGGAGCCGGGGGGGCGGCUGGGGUCCCUGCGGCUGGCGGUGCGGCUGGUGGAGGACCAGGUGCUGCCCCCCCGCUGCUACCAGCCCCUCAUCCAGCUCCUCGCCGAGCCCAUCCGCUGCCCGGGCCAGUCCACAGCCAGCACGGCCCUGGCCGUCCUGGAGGAGGUGACCUCGGGGGAGAGCCGGCAGGACGUGGCCACCAAGCUGGUGAAGAUCUUCCUGGCGCAGGGGCUGGCCGUGCCCUUCCUGGACUACCUCAUCGCCCGCGAGCUGGCCAGGACCACGGACCCCAACACCCUGUUCCGCUCCAACUCGCUGGCCUCCAAGUCCGUGGAGAUGUUCAUGAAGGUGGUGGGGCUGCCCUACCUGCACGAGGUCCUGAAGCCCGUGGUGAACCGCAUCUUCGAGGAGAAGAAAUACGUGGAGCUGGACCCCUGCAAGAUGGAGCUGAGCCGCGGCAGGAGGAUUUCCUUCAAGGGGUCCCUGUCGGAGGCGCAGGUGCGGGAGAGCAGCCUGGGGCUGCUGCAGGGCUACCUGGGGGACACGGUCGAUGCCAUUGUGGGCUCGGUGGAGAAGUGUCCCCCGGUCAUGAGGGCGGCCUUCAAGCAGCUCCGCAGGCGGGUGGAGGAGCAGUUCCCCUCGGCGCAGCACGAGGAGGUGCGCUACUUCUCCAUCAGCGGCUUCCUCUUCCUCCGCUUCUUCGCCCCCGCCGUCCUCACGCCCAAGCUCUUCGGCCUGCGGGAGCAGCACGCCGACCCGCGCACCGGCCGCACGCUCCUGCUGCUCGCCAAGGCGCUGCAGAGCAUCGGCAACCUGGGGCUGCAGCUGGGCAAGGAGCCCUGGAUGGCCCCGCUGCACGCCGUGCUGCUGCCCAGCGUCACCCGCGUCAAAGCCUUCCUGGACAGCCUCGUGGAGGUGGACAGCACCCACGCGGGCGAGGAGCCGGUGCCGGCGGCACCUUUCGGUCCCUCGGCCACCAUCAAGGAGGGCUACCUGCACGUGCGCGAGGCCGAGGAGCCCUCGCUGCUGCCCCGCUUCGCCUUCAAGAAGAGGGUCCCCAGGCGCGCUGCUGCAUCCCCGUGCCGCAGAUGCGGGCGGUGGAGCGCGUGGACGAGGGCACCUUCCCGCAGCCCCACGUCAUGCAGGUCGUGGCGCAGGACGGCGCCGGGCAGCUCCGCACCACCUACAUCCAGUGCAAGGUGGGGGCACCCGCCCCGCACCCUGGGGACCCCGGGGACACCCCCUCCCCGUCCCAGCCCAGCACCCCAGGGUGCCCCUGCCCAGGACACCAGCAGCCAGCCCUGGGGGAAGCGAGCAGUGCCUGCGGGUGGUGGGAACAGUCCCGGUCCGAAAUGCAGCUCUACUGGUUGUACUGGGAACAGUGGGGUGCCAGCCCUGGCUGUAUGGGAACAUUGGGGUAUCCUACCCUGCUUGUACUGGGGUCACUGGGGUGCCUGCCCGACCUGUGCUGGGAUCAGUAGGGUAUCCAGCUAUAUCCUUACUGGGGUAACUGGGGCAUCAGCUCUGGUUGUACUGGGGUCACUGGGGCAUCCAGCUAUAUCCCUACUGGGAUCACUCCAGUUGUACUGGGGUCACUGGGGUACCAACCCUGUCUGUACUGGGGUCACUGGGGAACCAUCCCUGUCCCCACAGUGCCACCUCCCCACCAUCUCCAACCCAGACCCCUCUGCCAUCAAACCGUCACUUGGUGUCACUGCGGUGCCACCCCUUUGGGGAUGCUGCGGGGGAGGAACCGUGUCCGCUGGUACCACGGGGGGGACACCCGGUGGGUGCCACCCCCGUCCCGUGUCCCCGCAGGGCGCGCAGGAGCUGUGGCAGUGGCUGUGGGCGCUGCGGCAGGCCAGCAGCGCCAACCAGGCCAUGCUGCCCACCUGCCACCCCGGCGUCUUCCGUGCCGCCCGCUGGUCCUGCUGCCUGCAGCCUGCCCGCGCCGCACCCGGCUGCAGCCGGACCCACGGCGCUGUGGCCCUGGGCGAGUGGAGCGACCCCCUGGACCCCGCGGCGGCGGCGCAGAGCCUCUACGGGCACCUCCGGGCAGCGGGGGCAUGGCUGCGGGAGGCGGCAGACGGGGGGCCCGAGGGCGGCGCGGCGAUGGAGCCCCCGCAGGCGGGGCAGGGAGGAGGAGCCGCAUGGGGGCGGCUGCAGGAGGUGCUGCGGGACCUGGACAUCGCCCACGAAGACUUCGCCCGCCGUCACGGCGCCCCGGGCCCGCCCACGGACACGGACACGGACGCGGCACCGCCGCCCGCUACUUGAAGGGUGGCGGUACCGCGGCGUCGGCUGGGACUACAGCCCCCAGUAUGCCUUGCGCCGCCGGGGCCCGGCCUGUCCUGCCCGCGCCGCAAGGCAUACUGGGAGCUGUAGUCCUCUCCGCCUUCCUCCGUUCUGCUGCCCCC